AUGGUCACAUCAUCGACUCUUAUUCCACCUUCUGUGGAUACUAAAACAUCAUCAUUAUUACCUCGUAAAACAUCAAACGCAUCAAGUUCAGGUACCUUUUCUGAAGUAUCUCGUUCAUUUGGUCAUGAAGAGAAUUCUGCCGAUUCAUUAUAUGGUUUAACAUCAUCAUCAUCAUCAUCACAUUAUGUUAUUAAAUGUACUUUAAAUACAACAACAACAACAGCAACACCAACAAUAACUAAUACAAAUACGUCGUUGACGUCGACUACGUUGCCAACAUCACCGCCACCGGUGAUAUUAACACCACGUGUUAAAGUAACUGUUCAACAACCAUCAAUAACAACAUCAUCAUCAUCACGUAUUGAUUCAUCAGCUGAAUCAAUUCUAUCAUCAUCAUUUCUUAAAACUCCAACAUCUAAUAUUAUACCUUCAUUUUCAUCAUCACACAUGACAACAAGUACAGCAUCGAGUGCACCUGAAUUUUCUAUAAGUGGUGCAUCAAGUAUUGAUGAUUCUGAAGAACUAGCAUUAUAUGAACAAUAUCUUUCAAUAUCUUAUGGACGACAAUCAAAUCCUUCACCUGAAAUACGUAAAAAAACUGUUGACGAUGUAGCUAAAAUACAACAACGAAUAUUACCUCGUAGUAAAAGUGAAGUAAAUACUAUACCAAUAGAACAAUCACAAUCACAACAACAACACCACCACCAACAACAAAUAACAACUAGUCAAAUAAAACCGGUACGCAAAUUUUCUUCUUAUGAUCUGGCAUUUUGUUAG